AUGAGUUUCGGUAUGAUUUUGCCUUUUGAAGGGAAAAAGUUUAGCAGCACGUCUGUCAACGCAGGGCAAAAACCUGAGCUGAUUCAAAAAAUUAAGGCUCUUGGGGGUGAAUUCCAUAAUGAUCUAUUGGCCGAUACAAAUGUCUUAAUUGUUGGAAGUAUAGACACACCCAAGUAUAGGUUUUGUGCUCAAAGACGCCAUGAUAUCAUAUUCAUUAAGCCGGAUGCUAUAAAUUUUCUUUUCGAUUCAUGGAUUAAGACGAGAGAUUUGAGAUCUAUCAAGCUCGAAGACCACGUAUUGAGCCCAUUUAAUGGUAUGUCCAUGUGCCUUUCGAGACUUUCUAGCUCUGGAUCUUCAUCCGAUUCCCGUGAAGCUAUUUCAGCGCUGAUACUCGAGCUAGGCGGAAAUCCAACAGAUUCAUUAACUCCUUCUAAUACGAUCCUAAUAAGCAUGGAACGUGCUGGCAAAAGAUUUGAAAAGGCCUUGGAAUGGGGAAUACCUGUAGUGCAUCCUAAAUGGGUGACUGAUAGUGCAAGGAGAGGGGCAGCACUCGAAUGGCGCUAUUACGAUCUUAAUCUUUUGGAUCAAGAAAAAAUUGGGGAGGGAAGUUGCUUGGUCUGGGACGAGCUCGAACCACCAGCAGAGGAUGAUGGUCGUCGGGAAAUGUUCAUAAACUCUUUUGACACAUUCAGUCAUACUGAUCUUCCUGGUAGAGCCGGAGAAAAAAAGAAUAAGGGGCUUUUUGCCAAUAUGGACAUCUGUCCCGUUGGAUUCAAUGAAAAGGAGACCCUCAAACUUCGAUCGACAGUCUGUGAACAUGGGGGAAAUUUUAAGCAAAAGAAAGAAGAAUUGAACAAUAUUGUGAAGACCAACCGAGGAGUCAUUGUCGUUUCAUCUAAUGAGUCUUUCCUCAAGUUUCCCGAUGAUAUCAUGCAAAUUGCUACCACCAUGAAUCUGGCAGUUGUUAAUGAAUGGUUCAUUGAACGGAGCCUCCACUACAACAAUGUUUUGUUUGAUUUAUGGUCAAUCCCACAUAGACAUUCAAAUUUAAAAUUGAAUCUGAAAGUGACAAUAUCUGGUUUCUCAGGGAUUGAAUUACUGCACGUUACCAAAUCAGUAAAGCUUUUGGGUUGUGAUAUUGCUGAGACUUUUGAUGAAACUUGUGAUUUCCUCAUAAUCAAUUUACCUCGUGUUGGACUGAAGAAAUCAAAUUCUCCAGAUCUUUUUUGUGACGAAUUCAGAUCUUUAGUGACUGAUAUCUCACACCUCGACGUACCAAGUCCCACAACUUGCAGUAAGGUUACUGCAGCUAGAUUUUGGGGAAUACCGGUUGUUUCUGCAGCUUAUUUAUGGAAGAUCCUUGAGGAGGGACAACUUCCCGCUAUAACUGAUCCCAGAUGGUGUGUUUUUUCGCCAUCAAAAAUGGAACACGUAACACAGAAGAACUACGAGCAUCAAAGCUCUGGAAAGUCGUUGCCUAUGGCGCUUAUCACAAACAACGACUUGGAAACAACUAAACGAAUCGAGCGAUCUCCUGCCUUCCACCACCAGAAAGAUCACACCUAUUUAAAGUCGACGAGUUCAAUGGAGGAAGAUUUGAGUUUCCCCACAAAGAAGCCGAAAUUGGCCAAACUUGCUGGUACCGCAAGUACCUCGAAUCUUGACGUUUUAUUUGAUGGACAAAAAUCAGAUCAUGAUGUUCCUGUUUUAUUUGGUGGUUCCACUUUUGGAAGCAGAAGUUCUGAGAAUGAUGAACAGAACUACCACGAUAAUCCCGAGUCUGUACCAAUCGCAACAAGUAAAGGUGACGCGUCAGAUCGCGAGAUAGAUGGCCGUGUUAACAAGGGAACGCAAGCCAUUUUCGGGAUCAGCGAUGGAGGAUCAAAACUUAAAGCUGCUACAAAAGCUGAGUCAAUUUCUCAGCAGUAUGCGAUGACGCGCAAGCUACUCGCAGAGCUAAAAAAGAGAACUCCUCAUAAAUAUGAGCAGAAGAAGAUCCCUAGAGUAUUCUACCAUCCGACAUGGCUUGCAACGCUUCGCAACUCAAAUAUGAUCAAGUUAUUCCAUACACGUUAUCAUGAUACUGAAUUGGAGAAGGCGAUGUUGGAUGAAAUUUACGAUUGUCCUUCGACAGCUGACAACCCGUAUGAGGCAGUGACGUAUGCUGAAUGUGUACGAUGCAAACACACCUUUCGAUUCCAUGGAUACUCCAAUGCACACAAAGAUACAAACAUUGGAAACCACUGUAGGAACCAUCCUUCUGAGGUUCCAAGACCCUCUUCUCAACAUUCUAUCCCGUUUAGAAAGGCAGAUUCUCCAGAUUUCAUUUCGUUUCUUGCUUCAUUUUACCAGCUCGUCGUUCAAGAGACUACAAGUGAUUCUCGCAUGACAGGUUCAAGACAAGAAGCUGUCAAAUUUUGUUUCAAAUACCUCCGGAAAAGAAAAUGGAUUUCGAAAAUGGUUGACAGAUCUUAUGAUUGCAUGAAAGAAGGAAUCGUUCAACUACUAGCAACAAAAAAUGUGUCACUGUGCGUGGACAUGUGGAACAAUUACAACUCUAGAUACCUAGGGGUGUUGAUGUACAGCGAUUUUGGGCACGUAUUACUCGCGUUCGAAAACUUCUCUGGCCGACGUGAAACAGCGGCUGAAAUGGCUGAUGCAAUCGGUGAGGUUAUUAAACAGCACAAGAUUGAAGAAAGAGUUUUAGCAAUAACGUUUGACAAUUUUAGGGCAAACCCAAAAGCUCUCAUGCACAUUAAUGAAAUGCGCAAGGAGAAAGACUUAGCACCUUUAUAUGGGAUCAGGUGUGUGUCUCACAUCUUGAACCUGAUUCUCGGGUCAGUAAUGGCCAUUUCCACUUCCAAAUCAAAACCUCGAACACAACUACAGUACGACAAUCAAAGAAGAAGGGAAGCUACUAAAGAUGCAGACAACACGAAAGAAUCCAGACUCUACAAAGCUUGCUUUGACUUCAGCAAGAUGGUGCGAGGGGACACCGUGCUUUCCUCGCUUUGGACAAAAUGCAUCGGUAGUAAAAUUCCCGCUAUUCCAAUUCAAACCAGAUGGACCAGCGCUUACUCUACGGUGACUACCAUCCUCGACAAAUGGAACGAAUUGUGUUUUGUGUUUGGUAAGCUAGUGGGUAUGGGCUUCCCUCACAAUCACCUGGACUCUGACAAGAUUGAGGUCGUCGAGGAAUUUUUUGAUGAACAUAGAAUAACGCUGGAUCAACAUCAGACAAAAACGAUUCUUGCUCUCUUGGAAUUUCGGAACGAUCUUAAAGAAAUCAAAGGACUGAAUUUCAUAAUGGGCGAGCUCAAAGUCUGGAUGGAGUUGUCACAAAAGACUGAGGAUAAUACUUUAAUGAGCUACUCGAGAACGUUUUUGAAAGUACUCAAGCUUUUUACAGCAGUAUCAAGCCUACUUGGCAAAGAAGAGGCAUUGUUUGAUUAUUUUGAUAUUGCAGACCAACUCUAUGUGUAUCGCGAUAAUGACGAUCCGACAGUUGCUUUAUUCACAGAAAGAUUGAAAGGUUUAAGUCCAGGCUUCCUCAACGCAAUUGGUUUUUCCUACUCGAAAUUUUGUGAAUACUUCACCCUUGCUUUUGAAGAUGAAUUAGUGAUUGCGGGAUCCUUCUUUGAUGUGAGCGAUCGCAACCAGCUACUGUUUUCGACAAUAAAUUGGAAGCAUCCAGACAUUCGACAGUUCCCUUACAAAUCUAAGUCUUUGGAAUGCUCCAAGAUAGAGAUUCUUUUUGAGUUGUUUAAGCGCACGGAUCUAUUCAAAAAGAUGUACCACCUGGUAUUGGAGGAGUCUGCAGCGAAAGCUGUAGCAUAUGAAACUUCAGAGAAAAGCAAUCUGAACAUGGAAAUCGAUGGAUAUCAAAAAUAUGGGCUCUACAAUUCUGACUGUAGGGAGUGGUCCAGCCAAGCUAACAACGAAUUCUGGUCCUCUUUCCGAUCUGCGACAUUUCCAAGGUUGAGAGCAACAUAUCAGCUCCUCAAAGAGAUUCCUUGUUCAAAUGCUGCUCUUGAGAGUACGUUCAGCCUCGCCAAUAACGUGAUGGGAUCACGAAGGGUCAAUCUCGGCGAUGAAAAGCUUUCAAAAUUAAUGUGUAUUCCCUCGUUUGUCAAUUCUAUCCCGGAGCUGCAAAAAUUGGAACAUCAAUUUCGCUUUGCAAUUGAAGAUGAAGACGACGAGUACUCUCGUAUGGAGAUUGAGGAUAUAUCGGGUGAUUGA